UCUUCAGACUGAACAUCAAGUCGACAUGUGAUAUUUAUUGCUGGGCAGCAGAGGAAGACGAGCGCACGCACGGCUCUGCAAAUAGAGGACUAAAAAUAAAGCGGACUUUCUUCUUAUUAUUAUUCUUCAAGCGGCUCUUGGAAAUUAAAGCGCUGCGGUCUGGUUCGGUCUGAUCUGGUCCAGAGGGACGCGAGAAUGGCGAGUCCGCCAACCACCGGCGGCCAGUCGCCGAUUGCCAACACCGGCAGCGGUGGCGCAAACGGCACCAACAGCGCGAAGAAAUGUGGCUAUCUGAAGAAGCAGAAACACGGACACAAGCGCUUUUUCGUUUUAAAGGAGCCGUGCGAAGGACUCCCUGCCCGGCUGGAGUACUACGAGAGCGAGAAGAAAUGGAGAAACAAGUCCGCCGCGAAGAGAGUGGUUCCCCUGGACUGCUGCCUCAACGUCAGCAAGAGAGCGGACGCCAAGCACAAGUAUCUCGUUGCUCUUUACACCAAGGACGAGUAUUUCGCCGUGGCGGCGGAAAACGAGCAGGAGCAGGAGAGCUGGUACCGGUCGCUGACGGAUCUGAUGGCCGAGGCGAAAGUGUGCGACGGCUCGGCGUCCAACUCUGCGUCCUCGCUGGUUGGCUUCGACGAGGCGAGCUGCGGCGUAAUAACGCCGGUGACCGCCGCCUACAAGGAGGUAUGGCAGGUUAACCUGAAAUCCAGAGGGCUGGGGCAGAGCAGGAAUCUGACCGGCGUGUACAGGCUCUGCCUCUCCAGCCGGAUGAUCAGCUUCGUCAAGCUCAACUCGGAGGUCGCCUCGGUCGUCUUGCAGCUGAUGAACAUCCGAAGGUGCGGCCACUCCGACAGCUUCUUCUUCAUCGAGGUGGGCCGAUCUGCGGCCAUCGGCCCCGGGGAGCUGUGGAUGCAAGCUGACGACUCGGUGGUGGCUCAGAAUAUCCACGAAACCAUCCUGGAGGCCAUGAAAGCCAUGAAGGAGCUGUCGGAGUUCCGCCCGCGCAGCAAAAGCCAGUCGUCCAGCACCAACCCCAUCUCUGUGCCAACAAGGAGGCAUCUGAAUAAUCUCCCCCCGAGCCAGACCGGCCUCCCUCGGAGGUCCCGCACGGACAGCACCUCCACCACCUCUCCUGUGAGUAGUAAAUGCUUGUCUUGUCGUUUACGCACUGCCAGUGAGGGCGAUGGCACCAUGACACGCCCAAUGUCUGUCACCGGCAGCCCACUCAGCCCGGGGGUCCACAGGACCCCUCUAAGCCGAUCUCACACCAUAACAGCACGCCCCUCCUUGACUUUUGAAUCGGCUACCCUUCAGCACAGUAAGUCCAUGUCCAUGCCCCUGUCUCCUUCCCCGCCUGUGGCAACCCCAUGCCCAGGCAACGGGUCCUCCUGCUGUGUGGACAGCGGUGUCCCCCGCCCUUCCAGCUGCAGUGCCUCCUUCUCAGGCUCCCCCAGUGAUGCGGGCUUUAUAUCAUGUGAGGAGUAUGGCUCCAGCCCUGCCGACGUGCGGGACCUCAGGUUACCCCUAACCCUUCGCAGCAACACUCCUGAGUCUCUCAAAGCGGAUACUCCUCCCUCCAGGGAUGGGAGCGAGCUUGAUGGCUACAUGGUGAUGGAGAGGCAAAAUCAGAAUGGUUACCGGCGGUUGUCGGAGCUGGAUAAAGUGUAUCGAAAGAGAACCUACUCCCUUACUACCCCUCGCCAGCAGAGGCGGCCCCCUCAAGUGUCCUCAGCCUCUCUGGAUGAGUACACUCUGAUGAGGGCCACGUACACCAGUGGAAGCCAGUGUUCUCUGAGGUGCCACACGGCCUCACCUAAAGCAAACGGGCUGGAAGAUUACAGGGAUGUGCACAUCAGCACCAGCAGUCUCCAUGGUGACAGUGGCUACAUGCCCAUGAUGCCCGGGGUUGCACCCCAGACUCCGGGGUCCAAGGAUGACCCCUACAUGCCCAUGAGCCCCAUGUGUGUUUCUGCUCCGAAGCAGAUCAUCAACCCUCGCUCACACUCCUGCACCGCAGGGCUGCCCCCACACAAAGAUUCCCCCGGGAGCGUCUCUCUGGAGGACAGUGGCUACAUGCCCAUGUGGUGUGGACACAAGAUGUCAGUGGAAAGCAGUGACGGAAAGCCAAACAAUGGCGAGUACCUGUACAUGUCUCCCGUGGAUGCUCCGGUCUCCCUAACACCCCCUGAUUACCUUCUCAGCCCCUCGGGAGACCCACACACCCAGCACAGACAGCCUUACUGUUACAGCUCUCUACCAAGAUCAGUCAAAGGACAGCUGCAGCAGUUGCAGCGAAGUGGGUCUGCCGACACCGACCAGUACGUCGUAAUGAGUUUACAGAGACAGCGGAUAGAAGAAGAGACCAACGGUGGUCCCGUCUCACCCGGAGAAUCUGGAAACGGUAGCUCUCCAGGUACACCAGGCACCCCGUCCUCUCUCCCUUCUCCUCUCAGACUGACUCGGCUAGAUGGUGGCCUGUUGCAGCGCAGCAGGGUGUGUCGGCCCACCCGCCUGGCUCUGGAAUCCCUUAGAACUCUACCAUGUAUGAGCGAGCAUCCCCUUCCCUCAGAGCCGCGCAGCCCCGGAGAGUACAUCAACAUAGAUUUUGGUAGUGCUGCCCAUGUCACGCUGGCAGAUGGCUCAGAGGCUGGAAAUGGAUUGUGUGCAGAGGGGGCUUCCCUGUCACUAACAGACUAUGCUAAUAUUGACGUGAGCUCAUCGGCUCACCUUGAAUCACACCAAGUGGAGGGAUCCCAACCAGCGGGGUGUCUGAACCACACGCCUGACGUCUUGAUUUGCCCCAGCAUGGUGGGCAACCAGCAGGACACGCAGGGAGUCGAGGGGGAAGAGGAUGAAAAGAGAACGCAGGGGGAGACGAAGGAGACGGACCAUAACGGGAGUCCCGCGUGUGAGCCUGCUCUCACUAAAAGUGACUACACCGAGAUGACCUUUGCCCCCCCUGCUCCUUUAUCUGUUCUUUGUGCCACUGAUGCCACCCCACUCCCCACCAGCCCAACCGCAUGUGUGAAGAGACUCAGCCUUGAGAGCAGCUUAGUGGACGUGGUUCCCCCUGUGCCAGUGGACUCUUUCCUGCUUGGGGGUCCUUCGUUAUCUCUCACAGUUGUCGAUCCAAACCGGGGGGCCAAAGUUAUCCGGGCUGACCCUCAGGGCCGUCGCCGACAUAGCUCCGAGACCUUCUCCUCCACCACCACUGUGACGCCCGUCUGCCCGUCCUUCGCCCACGACACCAAGCGGCACAGCUCCGCCUCCGUGGAGAACGUGUCCCGCUCUGUGCGCAGCGCCGAGGAGCCCGCCGAGGACCUCAGCAGCCCCAUGUGCAGGGAGACGUCGGCGGGCUAUCAAAACGGACUGAACUACAUUGCCUUAAACUUGAUGGAGGGGAACCUCGGAGGGGCCAGGCUGGGGGGAUGCGACGAAUUCCUGAGGUUCAAGACGGCUUGCGGCUGCAAAGAGGGCCUGAACGGCUUCAACUCCAGCCCGUACGCCAGCAUGGGAUUCAAGGAGACUACUACUGCUGCUGUGAAAGAGUGAAGACUGACAGGUCUUCCCAGCUCUUCUCCUCCUCCUCCUCCUCUUCCUCCCUUUCCUGUGAAAGUGAAACUCUGCUGCAUCCAGACGACGAGGUCACCACUGCAACAGCUGGACAGCUGGCGCCCCUUCACCUCGUGGCUGCCCUCUUCGGGGGUCUACGGGACGGCCAUAACCAUGGAAACACGGACAUUUGACCCUUGACCUAAAUCCUCCCUCUUCUUCUUUUUUUUUUUGUUUUCCUCAGCACCCAAACAUCCAGGUGCCAUUGCUGCUGUAGUACAAGACAAAUAACUCUUAACACUAGAUGGGUAACUUUAUCUCUGUUCUUAGGCCUUCAAAACUCUUCUGCAGUAUAUUAUUAGAUAAUUUACUGUUAUAGUUUAUUUCCAUUUCCAGACUUAGUAUCUGGUUUUAAUUUGGCUUGAGCCAAGUAGUCGUUAGACUUUUCUCACCUGAAAACCUGUGAACCAAACCUGAAGAGCAUGCUUACACAACUACAUGCAAAGAAAAAAACAACAACAACAACAACAAAAAAAACCUUUCAUGAUUACUGAUAACCUGUAUUUAUUUAUUUAUCUAUGAUGUAUGUCUGUAUUGAAUGAAAAGGGUGAGCGAAUUUCUAUACAGGGUUGUGCUGCAAAAACAGACGGCAUUCGUGAGCAUAUUUAAAAGUCAACGGUAACGUUUGCUUACACAAGAAAAAAAAAAGCCUACCUCAGCACCGAGUCAAACAGUAGAAAUAUCUAUAUGAAAUAUUUAUUUUCAGAGGUGAAUGUUAAAAUAAAAUGCAAAAAAAAAA